AUGCUAACAGAUUUCGUACUAAGGAUGAAUGCGAACGCAUGUGUGUAAAACCAAACUUAUCGAGAGUUCCGUCCAAUGGGGAUAGAAGACCAACACUGCCAGUUAGAUAUCCAGCUGAUAGACGACCAAUACAAAAUGACCGUGAUUAUGAUAACAGGUAUCCAACUAGAGCACCAUCGAGAGAAAGAACACGUGAACCAACCACUAGAAUAGUUUACAUUACUAGAUCAACUCCAAGAUACGGCAGAAGAUCAUAAACAACUUUUUUCGAGGAUGGUUGAUUUAUUUAUAACAUGGUAUAUAUCUGCAGUUA